AUCAAUACUAUUUAUAUUUUCCCUUCUGCAAGAUCUCCUUUUUAUAGUCUAGUAAUGAAAAGAAGCCCUCUGCCGUUUUGAAGAGUUCCAGCUCUCUCUGCUUCGCAAGUCUGCUUCACGGUUCAUUCCAUUUUUGUGUAGUCUCUGCGUGAAGAGAACAAUAAAAAUGACCCAAGACCCGUGAUUUUUUUUCACUCAGAUCACCCACAGGAAAAAAGGGAGUAUAUAUAAUCGGGAAAUCUACACCUAGAAAACAUGGCUCAAGGGAAGUAUUCGCGAGGUGAUGGGAGGAAGUCUUCAAGUUACUGGUCGACCGUAUCUAUUGUGGUGUUUGUUGUAUUUUGUUUAGUUGGGAUUUGGACUUUCAUGUCAUCCAUGGUUCCAGUUCAAAAUUCGGACUUGACUUCUGAGGAGGCUGUGCCUGUAAGCCAGGUGAAACAAAUGGUAACUGAAAAUGAUUCUAGGCAAUUUAAGGACAUUUCAGGUGAUUUACUGGAGGAUUCAACAAAUGGAGAUGGCAACACCAGAAAUGACCAAAACAUAGUUGAAAAGGAGUCUGGGAACACAGUCAAUGAAAAUCAGGAAGAAGUAGUGAUAAAGGAGAGCUCUGACAGCGAGCAGACAGAAUCAGAGGAGAGAUUGGAUGAGAAUAAAUCAGAGUCCGUUGAGGGUGAAAAAAAAUCGGAGACGAAGGAAAGUCAAGAGGGAACAAAACAGGAAGAUAAAGUGCAUAGUCAGACUGCAGAGGAGGCGAAUGAGCAAAAUCAGGAUAAGCAUUCGAAAAACAAUGCUGCUGAGAAUAAUAUGGAAAUCCAGGAAAAUGAUCGGGGUUCAGAUGAGGUUUUUCCUACUGGUGCUCAGUCAGAAAUUUUGAAUGAAACCACUACUCAAGAUGGGGCUUGGUCAACCCAAGCAAAGGAGUCACAGAAUGAGAAGGAAUCACAACAAUCUUCAAUAACUAAGAACCAAAGUGGCUACAGCUGGAAAGUUUGUAAAGUAACUGCAGGGCCUGACUACAUCCCUUGCCUUGACAAUUUGCAAGCCAUUAGAAAGCUUCCAGGUAUGGGGCACUAUGAACAUCGAGAGAGGCACUGCCCCGAUGAAGCUCCAACAUGUCUUGUUCCUCUACCUGAAGGAUAUAGAUUCCCCGUUAAGUGGCCUACAAGCAGGGAAAAGAUAUGGUAUUAUAAUGUUCCCCACACCAAGCUUGCAGAGGUUAAGGGACACCAAAAUUGGGUUAAACUUACUGGUGAAUACCUCUCUUUUCCUGGCGGUGGAACUCAGUUCAUAAAUGGUGCUCUUCAUUACAUUGAUUUCAUUCAAAAAUCUCUUCCUGCCAUUGCAUGGGGGAAAAGAAGCCGUGUGAUAUUGGAUGUUGGGUGUGGAGUGGCUAGCUUUGGAGGUUUUCUUUUUGAAAGAGAUGUUGUUGCGAUGUCAUUUGCUCCCAAAGAUGAGCACGAGGCUCAAGUACAGUUUGCUCUGGAACGAGGAAUUCCUGCCAUAUUAUCAGUUAUGGGCACCAAAAGACUUCCCUUCCCCAGUGCUGUAUUUGAUCUUAUUCACUGUGCACGCUGUAGGGUUCCUUGGCACAUUGAAGGUGGUAAACUUCUCUUAGAGCUAAACCGUGUCUUGCGACCUGGUGGUUAUUUUGUCUGGUCUGCUACUCCCGUUUAUCGCAAGGAUUCUGAAAAUGUUGGCAUUUGGAAAGCAAUGUCUAAACUAACGAAGUCAAUGUGCUGGGAUUUGGUGGUGAUUGGAAAGGACCAAUUGAAUGGUGUGAGUGCAGCAAUAUACAGAAAACCAACUUCCAAUGAGUGCUAUGAAAAAAGACCACAAAAUGAGCCUCCCCUCUGCAAAGAAUCUGAUGAUCCAAAUGCAGCCUGGAAUGUACCACUGCAAGCAUGCAUGCACAAAGUUCCAGUUGAUGCAUCAGAGAGGGGGUCUCGCUGGCCUGAGCAAUGGCCACUAAGGUUGGAGAAACCACCUUACUGGUUAAAUUCUCAGGUUGGAGUCUAUGGCAAAGGUGCUCCCGAGGAUUUCACUGCUGACUACAAACACUGGAAAAAUGUCGUCUCCCACUCAUACUUGAGUGGGAUGGGAAUCAACUGGUCUUCCGUGAGGAAUGUUAUGGAUAUGAAUGCUGUCUAUGGAGGGUUUGCUGCGGCUUUAAAAGGCUUAAAAGUGUGGGUUAUGAAUGUAGUCCCAAUCGACUCUCCAGACACACUCCCAAUAAUAUAUGAGCGAGGUUUAUUUGGAAUGUAUCAUGACUGGUGUCAAUCAUUUAAUACGUACCCCAGAACUUAUGAUCUUCUCCAUGCGGAUCAUGUCUUCUCCAGUAUCAAAAAAAGGUGCAAAUUAAUGGCAGUGGUUGCAGAAGCUGAUAGAAUCCUUAGGCCAGAAGGAAAGCUGAUCAUACGGGACAAUGUUGAAACCAUAGGUGAAAUCGAGAACAUGGCUAAAUCUUUACACUGGGAAAUCCGAUUAAUUUAUUCAAAAGACAAUGAGGGAUUGCUUUGUGUUCAGAAGACAAUGUGGCGUCCCACAGAGACUGAAACAAUUAUGUCAGCAAUUGCUUAAGCAUGUUGCUUCAGCAAGUGUCUGGCUGUCCCUGGCUUCUGUGCUGCUGAUAUGAUUAGUCUUUAGGUAUUCAUUUUUGCCUGAAGCAUUUUUUAGUCAUGGAUGUAACGUAAAUUAUUUAUACUUGAUUAAUCUUAGAGUCCCAGUUACGUUCUUUAGUAUAUUUAUUCCAUUUUUUUUUCCUGCUUGAGUUAUAUGCCUUUGGGAACAAAAUUUUUAUUGUAUCCUCAUAUUAUCUUAAAUAUAAACCAAAAUAUUUAAUGCA